AAUUGUAUCGGCAUAGAACCAAAAGCCAUCAAAGCUCAAAAGGGCUUUCGUUUUCCACACUGUACCGCUCUCGAUCUGUCUUGAAGAAGAAGAAAACCCUUUUAAAAUACCCACAGGGAAAGAGAGUUGAAAACCUAGUUUUUUCAAUUGAGGAAAGCUAGUAAUUAAGGCGGUGGCGUAGAGGAAAAUGUUUAGGAACCAGUACGAUACAGAUGUGACGACAUGGAGUCCGGCGGGGCGGUUGUUCCAAGUGGAAUACGCGAUGGAAGCCGUUAAGCAAGGCUCCGCCGCGAUUGGGCUUCGAUCUAAGACCCAUAUCGUUUUGGGUUGCGUCAACAAGGCUAAUUCCGAGUUGUCUUCUCAUCAGAAGAAGAUCUUCAAAGUCGACGACCAUAUCGGCGUCGCCAUCGCGGGUCUCACCGCCGACGGCCGCGUUCUAUCUCGGUAUAUGAGGAACGAGUCCAUUAACUACAGCUUCACGUAUGAGUCGCCGCUUCCUGUGGGCAGACUUGUCGUCCAACUUGCCGAUAAAGCUCAGGUGUGUACCCAGCGCUCUUGGAAACGACCUUAUGGCGUUGGCCUGUUGGUGGCUGGCUUGGAUGAAUCUGGGGCUCAUCUCUAUUACAACUGCCCGAGUGGAAAUUACUUUGAGUACCAGGCUUUUGCCAUUGGAUCCCGCUCACAAGCUGCAAAGACAUACUUGGAACGGAGGUUUGAGAACUUUGCAGAUUCCUCUCGGGACUAUCUGGUCAAAGAUGCACUUAUGGCAAUAAGGGAAACCCUGCAAGGAGAAACUCUAAAAAGCUCAAUAUGUACAGUUGCUGUGGUAGGGGUUGGGGAGCCGUUCCAUGUUUUGGAUCAGGAAACUGUACAACAAAUGAUUGAUGCCUUUGAGAUUGUGGGAGAGCAAGAAGGACCUGCUGCUGAACCGGAUGCUUCUGCUGUACUAGAGGCUGCAGCUGAGCAAGGUGCUGCUGCUGCUGAUCAGGGUGGUUCUACAGACGAAGGUGUGGCCCCAAUGGAUAUUUGAGGAUACUCGGCGCGUCAGUGCAUAUCCUCGUCUUUAGAUAAGAUUUUCUAGCAUCUGUUUGUGGAUUUGAGUGUGUUCGUGGUAGACAUUAUUGUGAUGGAUAUUUCUUUCUUUAUUUUCCAAACUAUCUUUUUACCAUUGCUGCAAACAUGCAAAUGACCUGAAAUUAAGUUUUACAGUUUUACUCGAGAUACAAUCUUUGGUGUUAGAUUA